AUGAUUUGGUUUAUAACUAUUUCAAUAUCAAUUUCAAUAACAAAUGUUUAUACAUUGGUUUCUAUUGGUGCUAAUUUGGACAAUGUACGUGAUUGGAGUCGUAGUUUAUCAUACGUUAAUUUAGUGCGACAAGCACGUGUAUGGGGUAGUGCAGAUAAACCUUGGGACGGUAAUGCAACAUUUGAUCGAAUAAGUGGAUGGCCAAAUAAUGAUUUUGGAAUGGUAUUAGCAGCAGAUCAUGUUGAUCUGGAUGGAACAUAUCUGUUAUAUGCCAAAGGCAAUGCACAAGUAUCAACCGCUGGUGGUUCUCCUGCAAAUAUAAAUAAUAAAACAUAUGAUGCAUCAACAAACACUCUCACAGCUAUUAUUAAUGCUCCACAAGGUGCAACUCAAAUGAUGCUUAGUUUUCGAAAUACAACUGGUCCUGGUUUAAAAAAUAUAGUUAUAUUACAACCAGGCUACACUUUAUCAUCAAAAUCAAAGUUCACAAAUUUAAUAUUAGCACAUUUAUCACGUUUUAAUAUGUUACGAUUUAUGGAUUGGACUCAUACAAAUGACAAUCCUGAAGUUAAUUGGAAUGAUACAACAUCAAUCAAUUGGCCACAAUAUACAGCACCUAAACGUAAUCCAUGGAUAACAAUUCCAUUUAUUGUUAAUGAAAUAAAUAAACCAAUCGAUAUUUGGAUAAAUAUUCCACAUGGUGCUACGGAUAAUUAUAUAUAUCAUAUUGCACAAGUAAUGUUGAAAGAGUUAAAUCCAAUAAGUAAAAUUUAUGUUGAAUAUUCCAAUGAAGUAUGGAAUUCUUUGUUUACACAAGAACAAGCAAACCGUCUUGCUGCAGUUGAUUCUGUUCAAAAGCAUGGUGAUCCAUUACGCUUAAAUUAUGAUAAUAUUUCAAAUUCAAACACUUGGGGAUAUCGACGAACAGCAUAUCAAAUAAAACGGAUCUCGGAUUUAUUUCAAAGUGUAUUCGGUAAAGAAAAUGUUGGUUUAGGGAAACGUAUUCGACCAAUUUUAGCUGGUCAAGCUGUAAAUCCAUAUAUAAUAAUGACUGGUUUGGACUAUUUAAAUACUAUUCAUGGUCCACCAUCAAAAUUUCUUCAUGGUAUUGCUGUUGCUCCUUAUUUUGAUCUAGAGCAUUAUAAAACAUGGUCAAAUUUAACAGUUGAUCAAGUACUGGAUGGAUUAAAUUCAAGUAUUCAAAGAUUUUUACCAGAACAAGGUUGGAGUCAACAAGCACCUCUUGGUGUUCAUGCUGUUUAUGCUGCCUGGUAUAAAUUAAAUGUAUAUGGUUAUGAAGGCGGUCCUGAUACUGCUGCUGGAUGUGGAGAAUGUUCAUUAGAAGCAAAAAUAAAGGCCACUCGUCAUCCUCGUAUGACUGAUAUAUGUUUAAGAUAUUUGAAUGGAUGGUCAAGAUUUGGUUUUCAAACGCUUAACUGGUUUGGAGCUGGCGCCAGUAAAAUAACUAAGUAUGGAUCAUGGACUUUAUUAGAAGAUAUGAGACAAGAAACAUUAAUUGAUACAACAAAAAUGUUCAAUUCAACAUCACCUGUUGCUCAACUUCCACGACCAUCUCCAAAGUUAAAAGCGAUUGAUCAAUUUCGUCAAAGUUCAGUUCAAUUGAAAUUUGGAAUUCCUAUUCCGUCUUAUAAUGUCAAUGCAACUCAUUUUGCAGGUUAUCGUACACCAUCCUCUUAUCUUGAUUUAAGAUAUUUCGGUCCAAACUCAACAUUUUAUUAUCCAUUACAAAUUCUUCAAUCACCAAUUCAAAUUGAUUUGACUGUUUAUGUUAGUGGAAACUCUGGUAUACUGGAAGCAUCAAUUAAUAAUGAACAGUUUGUUCGAGUUCAAACACCUAAAACAUUCAAUAUGACAACAUUUCAGGCAGCACCACUUAUACAAUUUAAUAUAACUCAAACCAUCACUCCAUCUAUUGUGACACUUCGUUUAAAGAAUAUUCAAACUGAUUACGCCAUUCAUAGUUUCCAUGUUGUAUCAUCAAAAAUUUGA